UUCCUCUCUUCUGUUUUGUUUGUUCUCCCUGCUGAGUUUCAAUUUACUUUUUGGGGCUUAAUCAGAGUGUGAUUCACACAGUCGAGGUGAGUUUGUCGAAUCUUGGAAGGUUUUAAAAUCGUAUUGAAUUGGGUUUAUUUUUGUUUGAUAGAGGUGUUUUCAGUGAAAAUUAGGGUUCAUAUUUUUCGAUAAGAUUGGCAGCUGUGUUGAAAUUGACUUUGAAUUAAUGGUGGGUUUUAUGGUCUGAUAGCAAGGGAGAAGUUUGAUUAAUCUAAUUCUCAAUCCUCUGGUGUGAAUUGGGAUAUUUAGGGUUUUUGCAGGUUAGAAUUGAAGUAGUUUUAUUCAGUGUGUGUUUGCGGAAAUUGAUUUGGGCGUUUUCUUUGAGCAAUUUGGAAGUACUUGAAGUAGGGGUUCUGUGAUUGUUUUAAAGUUGUGGGUUGUUCUUUUGAAGUGGCUAAUUCAAUGGUGCUGAAUUUUGUGAACUAGGUUUCUGAAGGGGUUUUUUUAUUUUGUUUGUGAUUGAAGAAGCAAAUUUGUUUUUUUAGGACAUUGAAGAGGAGUUUCCGAGUGAUUGUUUAGGAGACUCUGCAGUUUUUGAAGAGCUUGCUUUGUGGUUGUUUUACCAUUCUCUGUGAAGGCAUAACUAGUGUUUUGCUGUAUGGUAAUUUGAGUUUUCAGUGGUGUUGAAACCUCAAAUUCCCAUACAUUAAACUCUAAUAUUUUAUUGAGUUGUGAUUCAUUCUUGAGAUGUGUCAGUUGCUGAAAACGGUUAGUGUGAAGAUGUCGUGUACAAGAUCAAGAUCAGUAUCUUCACAGCCGAACACAAGAUCAAGUCCUUUAUCUUCACAACCUCUUGUGGGUUCAUCUAGCGCAGCGCAAGUUAAAUCCUCCACCAAUUCUCAAGCUCCAUCAACUGGCACAGAUAAUGAUCCUGAUAACGACAUAUACUGCCAUUGUCCUUUCAAGCACUUUGAUGACUUCCAUGAUGGUAUAUGGGGAAGGGGUUACGUCAAAACCUCCAUCCUCAAACAUAUACAGACACUACCCAAACACCAACUACAUUUCUGUCUGUUAGGAUAGAAUACGCACAGUGGUAAGUGUAUACAUAGCCUGUGAAAGGGUUUUGCGUCAAUUGCAUAUGUGGCUAAGUGUAUGCAGGUUUAUUCUUGGAAGAAGCCCUGUAAAGAUCAUGCUGGUGGGGUUGUUUGUGGCCCUUUUAAUGGCAUAGGUGCAGACUUUCUAAUCUACGGUACUGAUAAACCCACGCCACAGAUUCUUGUAUAUCUUGUGCAAGCCAGGCCUGUAAGUAACAAUAACAUUCCUGCUUCUGUCGGUUCAACCCUUGAAGAUUCUUCCUUGGGUUUAUCAGUAGAGAUUCUCAGCCUGGUUUACCAGAAACAGAUAACAACAAUAUCCAGUAUUCCUCCACAAUGCAGGCUUAAUUUCUCUAGAACCCUAAAAUCCUCUCUAGAUAGAGUUAUAACCCACCCCAAGGAUUUAUGUUCAUGGCUUCAGUUGCUCAUAUUGCCUAUUUGUACGUUAAGACUUUACUUUCCUAAAAAUUCCAAGGAGGAGGGGUCUGGCAACAGGAAAAGACUUCAAACGGCUUCAGUUAAUCAGGCCCUAGCCAGAUGGAACGAACCACAUGGAUGUAUUGAUUUGUUACAACAAGUUCUGCAAGAACAUAGGGAGGUGCAAAAGAGCAGGAAACAGAGUAAACAGAAACGAAAAACCAAUGUUGAGGCUUGCAAAAAGAAUCUCAGUCAGGGUCUCUAUACUGCGGCUGUUAGGAUCUUAUCCUCUAGUGGUGUUGCAUAUGAUAACCCGGACACCCUAUACCAGCUGCAGCAUAAACACCCUCAUGCACCUCCCCCUACUAUUCCUACAGACACUAUUACGGCUGCAUCUGUUGUUGUUGGUAGUAAUGCAGUGUUGAAGGAAAUUCGGAGUUUUCCUAAAGGCACCUCUUGUGGGAGGGAUGGUCUCCGUGCUCAACAUUUGCUGGAUGCGCUGAGUGGUCCUGCAGCUGCAGUUUCCGAAGAGUUUCUCACCUCAAUUGCUGGGGUUGUUAACUUAUGGCUUUCUGGAGUUUGUACCGCUGUUUUAGGGCCAUACAUUGCAAGUGCACCUUUAACACCACUACUUAAGCCUGAUGGAGGACUCAGGCCCAUUGCAGUAGGUACAAUUUGGCGGAGGCUAUGUUCUAAGAUUGCAGCUACCUCCGUGGGAAGCGAAAUGGCCAAUUAUCUGGGUGAUUAUCAAUUUGGCGUUGGGAUCCCUUGUGGCGGUGAAAGCAUUCUCCAUGCAGCUAAUAAGAUAAUGGAAUUAAAAGGUGCACAAAAUACUAUCACUAUGAUGUUAGUGGACUUUGCCAAUGCCUUUAACUUAGUGGAUAGGACAUCCUUAAUUAGUGAGGUAAGGGCUAGAUGUCCUGGUAUUACCAGAUGGGUUGAGUUCUGUUACGCUCAACCUGCGAGGUUAUAUUACAAUGAUUAUAUUCUUGCAUCAGUUAUAGGUGUACAACAGGGUGAUCCCCUUGGACCACUUCUUUUUGCUCUGGUCUUACAUCCACUAGUUCACAAAAUUGCUGCACAUUGUUCUUUGGAUAUGCAUGCUUGGUAUCUCGACGAUGGCACCAUCAUCGGAGAUACCCUGGAGGUGUCAAAAUCUCUCAAGAUCAUUCAGCAAGAAGGUGAUUCACGUGGUCUACAUUUGAACAUACGGAAGACGGAGAUUUUCUGGCCUGCUGCAGAUCCAAGAAGCCUCAUGGAAGACGUUUUACCUGCGAACAUUAGCAAGCCCUAUAAUGGUGUUAAAGUUCUUUGAGGGCCUGUUAGCAUUGACACCCAGUUUUGCAGCGACAUGGUCAAGUUCAGAUCUGAUAAAACCAUCCAUAUGAUGAACUAUGUCAAGCAGUUGAAGGACCCACAGUGCGAACUGCUGCUACUACGCAAUUGUACCGGAGUUUCAAAAAUAUAUUUCACCCUACGCACAACCAAUCCUCAGGUCUUACCAUCUGUCACAGAACAUUAUGAUCAGCAGCGAAUGGGAUACUUACAACAUAUAAUUACUGGCGAUGGUGCAGGUUUUGGACUUCUUCAACAAUGACUUGCAACCUUGCCGCUUAAAGAUGGAGGUUUUGGAGUGUAUACCAUGGAAGAUACCAGCCACUAUUGCUAUCUGGCAUCACACUUUCAAACUCAGCAUUUGCAUAAUACAAUCUUAGCUUCCAUCGACACUUCAGAGCCUAGCCGUAACUAUGAGUAUGCUCUCAAUUCAAUUAAGGUUUUUGAAGAAUCGAUUUACUCAGUUUGAAGAGAGUGAACUAGUUGAAUCUUGGAGCUGUGUUGGUUAAGGUUUGUUUUUUUUUGGAAGAGGUGUUUCUGUGAAAGAGGGGUUUCUUUGUUCGGAUUGACAGUUGUGUGAAUUGGAAGUCGAAUUAGUGAUGGGUAUUGUGUUUUGAUUGCAAGGGAGACGUUUAAUCAUCUUGUUCUUAACUCUCACAAUUCCAUUUUGUUGCAGGGGUUGUGUGUUUUUGAGGAGUCGCACCUCCAAUUGUUUUUCAAUAAGUGAUCUCUCUAUUCCGUGUAUGUAUUUGUUGUAACAGAUUUCAUUGGAGGUGUUGUUUGUAUUUCGAUUUAAGGAUUUUGAGUUUUGGUUUCUUCUGGUGGUGUUUGGUGUUACAGAACUUAGUGUGUUUGAAUUUGAUUUUAGCUUUUGGUGCUGGUUAAAGUAGGGGUUCUGUGAUUGUUUUCAAGUUCUGGGUUUUUCUUUUGUGUGAGAUUAAAGAAGCAAAUCAGUGGUGUAGAAUUUUGUAAACCAUGUUCUUUUGUAUGUGAUUGAAGAAGCAAAAUUGAAUUUAGGUCUUUGAAGUGGAGUUUCUGGGUGAUUAAAUUGGAGUUUCUUUUGUUUUGUGGAUGUUUUCCAUCUCAUGUGAAGGUUCAAUUAGUGUUUUGU